AAGACAAGUGAAUCAAAAGAAUAAAUAUAGGAUUUCUCUUGUUCUUGGAGUAAAAAAACAAUAAUAUUUUUAUUAUCCAUUUUACUGAAAUGUUUGUGAUUGUGAAAGUUGAGCAAACCUGAAAGAGUUUACACCUCCUUGUUGGGGUUCCAGUGCAUAAAUCAUAAAUCUUCAUGAGAUCUUACAGAAACGCAGAAAGAUAAAUGUUCCUGUGAAGGAAUAGCAGGCGAGGCUUGAAGACUGCCACCCACCAUCGACUUUCGACUUGUUUGUAAAGUUGAAACCUAUGGAUGGAGCUUCUACACAGGAAUCGCUGAUUCACCUGAAGCAGUCACCUUCACCUCUGCGGCAAAGUACUCGAAACUCGGCUGAACGUGUCAUUCGGAUGUUCUCCAUCGACAGCUGUCACAGCCUUAAGACCAAAGAACAGUUUCAGCAACGAACACGAGACGAACUGCUGCAGUGCCAGAUGGAGGAAGACGAGAUCGACUUAAUCGAACACCAGGACUUGUUCUCGAGUUUAGAAGGGUUCGUAGGCACAUUCAAUGCUUCAAAGGAAAGAGGAGAGUGCAGAAAACCCGCGAAUAUGAGGGAGGACUCGAUGACCGCAAAGCACGAGGAAAAAUUACAAAACAAAACCGGCAUCUGUGGAGGUGCGGGGUAUCGAUCCCCGUGCCUACCGCAUGCAAAGCGAUCGCUCUACCAUACGUCGACGGAACGCCGUCCAAGGGAACGAACGUGCAGAUAUAUUCCAGAAUUAUUCGCAUGCAGGACGUCGUUCGGCAACUGCGGCCCGCUUCAGCCUUCACGUUCCCGCUCCGACUAGUAGCCGUCCCAACGGUCCAUGUCACCCGUUCGAGGCGAAGCAUGCACAGGGCCUUGGAAGUGGCGGAGAGCACGAUCCAGGACACGAAUUCCAUACAGUAUCCAUAUCGAUUUCUUUCCACAUCGGAUGAGACUCUAUCCAGUUCUCGAAACGGUGAAGCAGUCGAUCCUGAUCCUGCUGCUGUGCUCUUCUCGGAAAAAGCUCUGCUCCCAACUCUCGAAGCUCAGGGAGUUGAUCAUCCUGCCAUAUACGAAUGGAGAAGCCUGUCGACUGUCCCCUGUCACAGAUCUUACACAAGAUUCUUGUCUCAAUGUCGAGCCGGUACGUAGGACAAAAUGACAUUCUGGAUGGAAAUCUCGCAGCCAGAAAUUUGGUAAUGCUCAACUGCAGAGAAGUAUUCCAUGUUCGAAUCCCCGGCUGCUCUGCAAACACUGUGUUGCAAAGUGAGACAAGGUCCAAUCUAG